AUGAACGGGGAGACGGAGGAACAGACGAUGAACAACCAUCAAUUCACUACCAGAUCGAAUGGAGGUUCGUACUGGGAGCAGAUAAAGGAAACGGCAGAAAAUGAUCUGCGGAGGAAGAUUGCCCGCGACCGACGGGUAAGACUAGACGAUACCAACCUGGUGGUAUAUGUAAAUGACCGUUCCCAAUCGGAUCUUGCUAAGCGCUUUGAGGGCACUGAUAUCGACUGGAUGAUGGUAGAGAAGCAGCUCCUAUUGUGGGCCAAUCUGCACCGUCUUGGCAAGAGGCUCCGCAUCCAGAUAUCUGUUAACUAUAUAGAUGACCAUGGCCGACUCCUACUCAGCAGCGACAAAAGAGGAAAUUCAUCAGCCACUAAGGGUAUGCUCUCUGAACGAGACGUUGAGAUCGACGCCGAGCAAGCUUCCGGUCAACAAUCAGUUUGGCGGGAUGUGUAUCGAAUCAUGCGGUGCCCAGAACCUCCAUGCCGCCACGAAGGACAACACUGCUGGCAGGACCCCGACGGUAAAAAGCACUAUGAAUUACGAUCAAACCACAUGAAGACCCUCGUCAAAUAUGUGCAGCAAGGGGGGAUAAUAGAGACCCACGAUGAUGUUCCAGAGAGUCUUCGUGAACAGCUCUAUGCUGAGGAGAGUCAGCAGUUGGAAAGACGGAAGAAAAGCUCAGACAACUCUACAACUAUGUCGAUAUGCCCUCCGAUCCACCAUGUCCUCCCGGCUCAGCCAUCCCACGUGUCAACCCCUAUGACUACCAGUGCUGAACCUACCGACUCAGCUCCUAGGCAACCUGGUUCGAUUGAUGUUCCUGGGCUUCUUGAUAUAGCUGUGGAGAAAUAUACUCUCUGGCAUCAAUCACGGGUGAGCAGUGAGACCUUUAGGAACAAUAUUCAGAAAGCCUGUGAUGUGGCCCUGAAUAACUGUCACAACCUCAAGCAGAUUCACGAAGAUCAAGAUCCAGAUUUCUUUGUGAAACAUGGUGUGAAAGCAGGAGCUGCCCGGCGGUUCGUUAGCGACAUUGGCCAUUGGGUGAAGCAAUAUGGAACGAAGGAUGGUAGUGAAGCAUAUUCGUGA